AUGACUAGAGACUAUGCUGUGUUGGAAGAAGUAAAAGCCACACCACAAGAGAUACUAAAUUGCAGUUAUUCUAAAUGGUACCCAGUAUUCAAAGAGCAUACAGCAUCAUCUAUGAUAAUUCCUUUACCUCAAGAGUUUAUACAUUAUUUGUCAUCGGAAAGUAUUCAUCUUCCAGAACCACCUAGAGACGUACAAGGAACCAUAGAAGAGAUAUCAGAGGAAGACAGUGAAAGUGAUAGUGACGAUGAUGAUGAUGAGUGGGAAACAGAACUUAGAGUUGAUCCAACUAAGGAAUUCCCCAUGAUUAAUGAAUUCAUCACCAAAGCUUUGGAUAAAUAUACUUACGUAACACCGAAAUUGAAUUGGAGUGCUCCCAAAGAUGCUUCAUGGAUCAUGAUUGACAACACAUUGAAAUGUAGGAAUACCAACGAUAUUUACCUAUUACUUAAAUCAUCCGAUCAUAUCACUCAUGAUUUAGACCACCCGUUUGACGAGAGCUCAGAAAUUGAAAAUCCUCCAGUGGAAUAUGAAUUAGUGUUGAGGAAGUGGAAGGAGAUCAAUCCCUCGUUAGAAUUCAGAGUAUUCGUAAGAAACGGAGUCAUCGUUGGAAAAUCUCAAAGAGAUUUGAAUUACUAUGAUUUCCUCAAGAAUCUUAUUGAAGAAGAAAAAAUAAAUGACAUUAUCAAUGAGUUUAUUAAUUAUGAAGUCAUACCGAAAUUCAAUAAUCGUAGUUUUAUCAUUGAUAUUUAUGUUCCGAGACCAUAUAAAAAGAUAAGAAUUAUCGACAUCAACGCUUUCACCAGGGUCACUGAUUCUAUAUUAUACACUUGGCCAGAAUUAAUUAAUGAUCAAGAAGACAACAUAAGGCUUAUCACCGAAACUAAUAUCGGAAGAUUCAGAACAAAGGCUUAUAGUGAAAGUCAAGUUCCUUUGGAUGUUGUUAAUGCAUCAGCGGAUCCAGGAGCAUUGGCUGAACUUGCAAAAGAAUGGCAGAUUAAUGAAAGGAAAGAUUAG